AAAGAAAAAAGAGGGGGGGAAGCCAAAACACCCCCUCCCAACCCCACAACUGUACCAGCAGUGUUGCAGCCCUUUGUAUAAUGAAUUUCAGUCACCAGCAUAGGGUCAGCUUCCCUUAGCUGCCUCUUGCAGAUGCUUUUGAGGUGAUCCACAGCUCAUGAUUUCCAUGGGGGAUGCUGAGCCAAGGGAAAAUGAUGUGAUAAACCGCAUGGUUUUGACUGGGUGCUGGUCCUGCACCCCUGGGGCAGGUCCAUGGUGUUCUGGGCAUGCUGCUAAUUUAACACAGCUCAUCCCAUCAUCUUCGGAACGUGCUGCAAGAAACUCUGGGGGAAAGGCCCCUGGGGAGUUUAUAAAGAGCAAAGCCACAGUGCAGCGAGUGCUGGGAGCUGCUGUGUCCUUGUGAGCCCUUCAAGGCAGCCUCGAAGGGAGCAGAAAUAGACCCACUUUGCUCACAAGCAGAGAAGAUGGUCUCAAAGCCAACUUGUGGUGGGUGUGGGGUCACUUUUGGGCAGCCAGGCUGUGUGUGGGCAUCACUGAGAGGAUGCUGACACCAAACUUCACCCUGUCCUUCUGCAGUCCCUCCCUCCUGGCAGGGACAGGGCAAUGCUGUGCUCGAGGGGCUGUCCAAAGCAGAAAUGGGAGACUGGGUAUUUCCUUUCUUUCCUCUGCCUCACACUGAUUUACGCCAUGGUCAUUAUGACAGUGGCAUAGGACUAGGACUCCAAUGCCAAUCUGGACCACAGACCUUCCACCAGCAUCCCUGGAUACAGCACUGAGCAGCUGGCAUGGGCAGGAGGAUGCUUGGUCAGCAUCGAGGGCUGGGCUGCUGCAGGAAGAGUUUUCUCCACUGUGAAUGGGGAAUCUGAGUUUGGGCAGAGAAUCAUUAUUUAUUCUACUUUACACACACGGAAGCAGAUGGUGCUGAGCAGGGUAGAACCAAGAGGCCGUUUCCUAUUGUCUUUUAUUGCUAUUUGUUUAAAUAGUUUUAAUUAUUGUAAUUAUUUUACAUAUAUCUGUACUUCCUCCAAUCUAUAUACACACAUUUCCUCCUUUUAACCACAGUGGCUAUACCAGCACAGUACAGGCUUAAACUGUAAUAAGGGAGAUGGCAGUUAGGCAAUAGGAAAUCUUCCUGCAGGCAGAGCAGUGACAUCCUGGCCUUUGGCAAGUUGAAGUCUCCCCAUCCCUAGGGGCCAAAGGAGAAGUUUAUUAAAAAACAAAAAUAGAUUAAAAUAAUCUGUAAGUAAAGAAAAAUCCAUCCCUGGGGAAUAGCAAUGGGGGAAAGGAUCCCUCUCGCUCCCAGCAGGCCGGUUGCUGCGGUAUUUAUAGGGUGGGUUGUAUUUUAAAGGAAGAAACUGAAGCCAAAUCAUGCUGAUCAUUACAAAGUGUUACUGCUGCUCGUGGAAGAGCCUCUCAUGGAAGGGAGGGGAAGAGCUGGUGUCUGAGCCAGCCCAAGGCAGGAAAAACUGUGGGGGAUUUAGCAUUUAAAGUAACUCUGUGCUGCAGGGAAAUAGCCAAAGCUUCUGGUACAAAGGUCUUGGAGGCACUUGGGAAUAUUCAAAGCUGCCCUUUUUGCCUCUCUUCCAGAUACCAACAGACGGUAUCUUCUGGCAGUGUCUGAUGACGGCAAAGUGUGUUAUGGGAGUGGGAAUGAGCAGACCCGAGUGUGGUUUUCCUCUUUGUGCUAUUGUCCUGAGGCGAUCUUCAUGAGUCUCUUUUCUUUCCCUACAAUGAAAUAGGGGUUUACCUCCAGGUCUUAGUGGAGCACUAAGUGUGCAUGGGCCCCAGACCAGAGCAGCAUGGAAAGGGCAUUGCUCUGCCGCCCUGUAACACAACCCUAAAGCCUGUUCUGCACCCUCAGCAAGCACCCGGCCCUUUGGGGCUGUGAAGGCAAAGGGCAUGUGUCUGGGGGGGUGGAAGCAUGCCAGUGCUCACAGGCUACCCUUGCUGCUCUGUUUCAGGCUGGAUGCGGCUGGGCCAUGGUGCAGAUGGAGCUGCUGUGGGCAGCUGCCGCGCUGAUGCUGCUGGGGGCUGCCAUCAGCCUCUGCGCCAAGUGCCAGCGCUCGGCUACCAAGCGAGAGAAGCAGCUGAAUGACCGGAGGAGCCAGCUCAGAAGCCGGCAGAGUUUUGAGGUGAUCCGAUCCCAUUCCACUAUGACCCGAAGGCUGGAACAAGUAAAGGAACCUGAGAACUUAUCAAUAGUGAGGAAAACCACCAAGGAGCUCUGUGCCACCCAUCACGCUGGAUACGGGAGCAGGGCCGAGUCCAGGUAUCGGGAUUUCUGGACAGAAGACUGCCUGCAAGGGGAUGAUGCCUACGUGGAGCCCAUAUCUCUGGAUUACUACAACAGCGCCACGUUCUUCACACCACCCAAUGAAAAAGAGGAGGAUUCCCAUUCCUACCAAAACAUCAUCAUUGGAGCGUCUCAGGGCUCGGAUGUGGGUAGGUGCUGCUGUUGUGGUUCACGUGUGUCCACACACCUGGGAGUGCAGAGAGGGAGGGUGACCUGCUCAGCUCAGGAAACCCUCCUCAUUCACAGGCUCAGCUCUUCCUAUUGUAGCCAGGGUGCCAGGGCUGCUGCAGGCACAAAGCAGACCUGAAGUGUUUCUGCUUGCUGCAGGAAGAUGCAUGUGAUAAUACUUAGGGGAUGAGAGCUCAUCUCCAACUGAUCCCUUUGACUUGGAGGUUUCUGCAGCAGUUUGGGAUCUGCAUUGCUCCUCGAGGUUUUGAGUGCUGUUACAGCCAAUUCUGAUCACAGUUGUAGCCCCCAGCUCACCAUGGGGUUUGUCACCAUGUCCAGCCCAAGAAGCCUGCAGCCAGUGAGCUGCUGGAGGGUGGCACUGGACCACAAUGUCAGCUUAAGGGCUUCCAGCUUCUGCCCUGGGAUGUUGCAAUCAGAAUAGGAAGUCAAUUUGGUUUCUGUCAGAGACUGAACACAACACUUUCUGCAGUGCUAAAGCCUGCCCUGCUUCCGCCGGAGGAAUUAGGGGAGGCAGGAGCAGCAGGGACCAGCCUGAUCCCAUCUGUGCCUGCAGAUACCCAGGCACGUGGUUGAGGCUGGAAAAGCAGUGAGGCAGCAUCAGCAGAUGUAGGGCAGGACAGCAGACGCCUGGCUGGAAACUCAGCCACGUGCAUGGGGCGGUAGAAGGGGGGGUGUCACAAAGGCCCAUUUUUAGUCCCUUUGCCGUUUAGCAUCAUCCUGUCCAAACUCUUCUUGGUCACAGAUGAUGCUGCAGACUACGAGAACAGCUCGGCGAUAUACACAUGGCAACUCCAUCAAGCAGAAGCUCUGCAGACAGAAAGCCUGGAUGAUGAGCCAGACUAUGUCAACACAGCUCCUGCAUCAGGCCCUGCCCCGCUGGCAAAGCAAAGGUAAAGGAGAGCCAGUGGUUGAUGUAUUUAUUUGGGGGUGGGAGGAUUUGGUUUAUGCCAAAGAGAGCUUUGUGGGAGCUUUGCCCCUUGCUGGCAGGGAAGAUUAGCCAUGAAACAGUGAUAAAAGUGCUCUAAUAGUAACUUUUAUAAGCAGUUCUGCAUCUAUUCCUCUUCCACAGAGAGCUUGUGAGGCGGGGGGAUUACAUUUCUGUGUUAGCCAUAGUGUGGCCCUGCUUUUUGCCCUAGAAACACAAUGUAGCGAGCAGCAGAGUUAAGAAGUUGAAAGCUGGGAUUAAAAGUCAAUGGACUCACUAUUUUUACCCCCCUCUCAUUUCAAGUGCUCUGUGUAAAGCCUGAAGAAGUCCUUAGCUGAGCUGUAGGAGCACACCAGUGAGCACACACGGGGAUUUCCAUCCCUCAGGGGAAUCUCUUCACCAAACUGUGCCCAAGAUCAUGCAGAAGGUGCCACUAAAAGGAAGCAAUGCUCUGCUUGAAGUCCCAUGGAAGUCCAACUGCAAACCUGCAACUGGAGAAAGUACUCAGUGGCCACGGGCCAUUUCCCAUCUCAUUUCCCUGCAUGUCUACUGGAAGGAGGAUGGCCACUCUGUGCAAUGUUUUCUCCUGUCAAGCAUGAAAUGAAUGUUUAAAUUGCUGAGCAGUAAUGCAGCCAGCUACUUAAUUUGUCAGGGUGACUCAUGCAUGAUGGUAUUAAGGCAUAGGGAUUUUGUUCUGAUUUAGUUCCUAUGCUCUCCCACAGAAGCAGUUUCCUACAAGAGAGGAACUGGCAAGGCAGUGGUUGCUUUUACAACAGCAGUGGUUCUCUGGAGCUAAAUGUCAUAUGAACCUGUUCACCAGAGCUAAAGAGGAUUAAAUCCCUGCCUUAUCCACAGCCUGUAAUUCACAGUAUCCAUGGCAGUUUUCCUUGUGUUUCACUAUCUGUUUUAUAACAAUACAAAGACCCUGGAACAGCUGAGAAGGUCAGAUCCACAGCUGCCAGCCUGAGAAACUGCACCAAGUCUUUUUAGUCGUGCUGUAGGAACAUCAGCCCUGAAACACAGUCCUUGUCUCUUGAGCCCUAAGGCACAGAUUUGGCACCGUUUUACCACUUAUUUAUUAAAGUUGAAAGGCCUCCAAAGAGAAUGCAGUGGUUUAUUAUGGCUUGCUAUGAUGCAGAUUUUGUCUGAGUGGUUGGGUGAGACAGAGAUGGAAACAUGAUGAUCUUAAGGUCCUUUCCAGCCCUAACUAUUCUAUGAUUCUAUGACAUGGAAUGAUGCAUAGGAUCUGAUGGGGAGAAAAUGUAGCUCCUUAAAAGCCACCUUCUUUAAAAUCAGUUCAGAAAACUGCUUCAGGAAGGGACACAGCUCACAUACACUUAUUCAAGACAGGUAAGAGUGAGCAGAGAAAUGGAGCUAAGGGUGAACAGGCUCUGGAGAGGGAGAAGGGGCUGUCAGCUGCUUCCUGCUGCAAAUGACUUGGCUGUAUGUCUAGAUCAUGGGUGGCUAGU